AUGCGCCUCGCCCUUUUCGGGGCCGCACUCAGCUUUGUUGCUAGUGCGGCGGCUUCGUCGCUCCCUCACCCUCACUCCAAUCAUGUACGCACUGCCAACGGCCAUGCGAGUACUGAAGAGGCUAUUCCGGGCUACUUCUCAGGCAGUUGCACAAAGGACAAGAUGACUAUCAGGAAGGAGUGGCGUCAUCUGUCUAAGGUGCAACAGAACGAUUUUCUCGACGCCGUUCAGUGUUUGAUGGACAAGCCCGCCAAGUCGGGUUUGACUGCCACUACUAGUCGCUUCAGCGAUCUUCAGGCACUCCACCGUGGAAUGACCAACACGGCUUAUGCAGACAUCAUUCACCAUGUGGGUCAAUUUCUUCCCUGGCACCGCUACUACAUGCAUAUCUAUGAGACUCUUCUCCGUGACGAGUGCGGCUACACAGGUUCCAUCCCCUGGUGGGAUGAAGUGAAGGACGCAGACAGUGGAGAUAUGUGGGGGUCUUCCAUGUGGGGGGCCGAUGCCUUUGGAGGGAAUGGAACUGGAUCUGGAAACUGCGUCCAGGAUGGCCGUUUUGCCAAUUAUUCUCUGCAUAUCGGACCUGGAGAUAAAGAUACCGAUUACUGCCUCCGACGCGCAUUCGAAAGUGAGCAGGCGAUCGCCAACGCUAAUAGCACGGUCCUAAAGAUGUGCAACUCUUACAACACCUACUCCCCCUGGUGGAACUGCAUUUCCAACAUUCCACACAAGGGUGUCCAUACAUAUAUCGGUGGUGUUAUGUCAGACAUUAAGAGCAGCCCUGGAGACCCCGUUUUCUUCAUGCACCACAUGUACAUUGACCGUGUUUGGUGGCUGUGGCAGAAGCAGGAUCCUGCCAACCGACUCUACGAUGUUAGCGGUCCUACCGUGAACGAGACUGCCAACGUAGAGCCUGCAGGUGGUUGGCAAAAUGCCACAUUGCACUACGAGCUUUCUUCCUUCAACAUCAUGCCGAAUACGACCAUUGGCAAAGUGAUGAACCCUCAGGGGGGUUACCUCUGCUAUGGCUAUGAUUCCGAGUGA